GUCAUCCUGUUCUCUGUCUCACAGUCUGCACGACACUUUAACCUCAGUUGUCAGUCUUCUGUUUCUGCAUUUUGCUGAAUCCCUCAACGGAUUCAGUCUGAUUGAUCGUAAUGAGUUUAGGGAGCUCCGACAUGGCUGGAAGUGCUCUGGGAACGGCCUCCUCUCUCCUUCUCCUUGCCUCUAUUAUACAAGGGUUCCACAAUGUUGAGGUGUUCCAUUAUGAAAAGAUGACGGUACUAGCGGGCCAGAAUGUUACCUUACCCUGCAGUGUUAAAAGUAACGAUCUAAGGAUGGUCAGCGUUGAAUGGAGAAAGAUGACGGAUGAAAACACAAAGCUGGCUUUGUACACCCCGGGUUUUGGAACACAUCACUUUUGGCCAAAUGUCUCCAUCCAGACUGAGAACGGGUCCGUGGGCUCUCUACAGCUUUCCUGGGUGUCAAAGUGGAACAGUGGUGUCUAUGUUUGUGACCUUACAACCUACCCUCUUGGCUCAAUCAGGAAAGAAACACAGCUGGAGGUCAAAGAUGUUGAAACAAUGUGCAAUGCUAAUAGCACUGUUGAGGUCCAUGCUGGAGGAAAUGUGUCAAUUCACUGCUUGCUGUUACCUAAUGCGCAAUACAGCUGGACCAAGGACAAGAAGCAUGUGUCAGGGAAUGAAUCUCUGGAGCUAUGGCAGGUGACUGAAGCUCACACAGGGGUUUAUACACUCGCUGUCAACACAGGAAACCAAACUGUGCACAAAGAGUUUAUCAUCACACUGCUAACUGAGCUUACAGAUCUCACCACAUUGUCACCUCAGUCUAACAGAACUGAGACGGAUUCGACCCAAACAACAGACAGCAACCUCACCACAUCAAGGACCACCGGGCUCCCAACCAUCAACACCACUUUAACUCCGACCAUGAGUGAUUUCACACCCUCCUAUUCAAACCCCACUCUGACAAACAACACGAACAUCACAUCAACCCCUGGCCCACAUCACUUUAACAGUUCCACUUAUCCGGAGUUAAACCAGACUCACAGUUUAAACACAUCCUUGUCUGACCAAUCAGCAGCAAGCAAUCUAUCCACAACAUUAAGUUACAACAGCACAAUGUUCAGCCCAACACAGGAGACGAGGAAUGAGUCCAGUGGUGGUGGUGCAAGAAAUGCUAGCUAUCCUGGCCCAACUGCAACUCAGAGCACCCGAAAUAUAACCAUAGGCACUGUGGGUGAAGGUACCUCUGUUGUCCGGAGUCGUCUGGUGUUGGUGUUAAUAAUCAUUCUGUUGCUGUUAUUGAUCGCUGUGGCUGGCUUUCUCUACAGGAGACGUAUUGUAAAGCAGAGGAUGGAUCUUCCUCCUCCGUUUAAACCCCCUCCUCCUCCUGUCAAGUAUACAGCUGCAAGACAGCGUGAGAUUUACACUCGGCCUUACCCCACCUCUCGGUGUAACUCCGUGACUGAACUUGAAGAUGUGAAACAAAGCUUUCUAAUAUAGUGCCCAACAUGUUGCACAAUGGCACUUCAUAAAUCAUGUGCAGUAGCUAGCCGGAUCCUGUCCUAAGCUACAUGCAGACUGAAGAAUAUGCAUGAUAAAGGGUACUGUUCUCAGUUGUGGUCGGGUGGAUACAGUUGCAGGCAACUGUGAGACUGUGACAUUGAGCAAUGUCUAUUUUUGGGAAGUGGGGUGGGUGUUUAAUUGCUUGUUUUUGUUGAUCAAAUGUGUUAAAAUUCAUGAUGAAGUCUGUAAAUACAAGAAUAAAAGAUGUUUGACUCUGACGAUAACUUUGCAGGUGCUUGUGUUGAAGAGAAAGAGAAGACGUUCACCACAAAACCACUGAAGAUUGUGUGAAACUCAAAGUCAACGUUAACUUAUUAAAACUUGAAUACAUGUAAUUUAUGCAAUCUGUUCCAACUGACAUGGAUGAUGUACACAUUUCAAUCCACACUAUAAUUGUUUUCUAAACCUCAGCAAAUACUUUUGGUGACCUCAGAUUUGGCAACUUCAGACAUUUCACAAGAUGAGUGAUUGUUGUUAUUGUCAUGGAAAUAUGAACGCAUCUCUUAUAAAGUGAAAGGAAAGGAUUGGCAUAUCAUGUGCAUGUAAAUUUGAUGUUAGAAUAAAGUGUGAAGCUUUGUUAGUCAUAUUUCAUUUGAUGAUUUCAGACUGCGUGUAUUAAAAGGACCUCACA